GCGCGCUUGCGCGCGUCCUAGACGGUCGCAGUCAGGCGCGCGCGGUUGUGAGCCGAGGGAGGCUGGGGCUGGGCCAGCGGUGGCAGCUGGACUAGACGAAGCGGGAAGGCGGGGCCGGCUCCGGGACCGCGGCGACUACACUUCGAGCGAGCAACAAGGCCUGAGGAGAGCGAUGCUGUGGUUCCAGGGUGCCAUUCCAGCCGCUAUCGCGUCAGCGAAGAGGAGCGGCGCGGUGUUCGUGGUGUUCGUGGCAGGUGAUGAUGAACAGUCUAUACAGAUGGCUGCAAGUUGGGAAGAUGAAAAAGUGACUGAAGCAUCUUCAAAUAGUUUUGUUGCUAUUAAAAUUGAUACCAAAAGUGAAGCCUGCCUGCAGUUUUCACAAAUCUAUCCUGUAGUGUGUGUUCCAUCCAGUUUCUUUAUUGGAGACAGUGGUAUCCCUUUGGAAGUAAUAGCAGGAAGUAUUUCUGCAGACGAACUUGUAAUGAGAAUUCACAAAGUCCGACAGAUGCACUUAUUAAGAGGUGACACAUCAGUGGCAAAUGGCAGCCAGUCCGAAAGUUCAGUGUCUACUCCGUCUGCCUCAUUUGAACCUAAUGACACUUGUGAAAACUCUCAAGCCAGGGAUGUAGAGCUUUGCCAGACCCCCCUUACCUCUGCUGAUACAAAAUCAGAUACUGUAACAGGAGGAGAAAGCUCAGGCCAUGCGACUCCCUCUCAGGAGCCCAAUGAAUGUUCAAAUCAGAGACCUGCAGAAGACCUCGCUGUCAGAGUGGAAAGACUAACAAAAAAACUUGAAGAAAGGAGAGAAGAGAAAAGGAAAGAAGAAGAACAGAGAGAGAUCAAGAAGGAAAUUGAAAGGAGAAAAACUGGAAAAGAAAUGUUGGACUAUAAAAGAAAACAAGAAGAAGAAUUGACAAAAAGAAUGCUGGAAGAAAGAAACAGAGAGAAGGCAGAAGAUAGGGCAGCACGAGAACGUAUAAAACAGCAGAUUGCACUGGAUCGUGCAGAGAGAGCUGCUCGUUUUGCAAAGACAAAGGAAGAAGUAGAGGCUGCCAAAGCUGCUGCCUUGCUGGCCAAACAGGCAGAAAUGGAAGGCAAGAGGGAAUCAUAUGUCCGAGAAAGAAGCACUGUUGCAAGAAUUCAGUUCCGUCUGCCUGAUGGUUCUUCCUUUACAAAUCAGUUUCCUUCUGAUGCUCCUCUAGAAGAAGCAAGGCAGUUUGCAGCACAGACUGUUGGCAACGCUUACGGUAAUUUUUCAUUAGCAACCAUGUUUCCCAGGAGGGAAUUUACCAAAGAAGACUAUAAAAAGAAAUUACUAGAUUUGGAACUUGCCCCAAGUGCUUCAGUGGUGCUGUUACCAGCAGGAAGACCAGCUACAUCCAUCGUACAGUCCUCCAGUGGAGACAUUUGGACAUUGUUGGGGACAGUACUUUACCCAUUUCUUGCCAUCUGGAGACUGAUUAGCAACUUCUUAUUUAGUAAUCCUCCUUCUACACAAACUUUGGUGAGAACACUACCCCCAGAAGCUUCAAACCCUGCAUCAUCUGGCAAAUCAGAAAAAAGGGAGCCAGUCAGAAAAAGAGUGCUGGAAAAACGAGGGGAAGACUUUAAAAAGGAGGGAAAGAUAUAUAGAUUAAAGACUCAAGAUGAUGGCGAAGAUGAAAACAACACUUGGAAUGGAAAUUCUACUCAGCAGAUGUAGUGCAAUAAGUAUAAUAUGUAUAGUAAUCAUUGUUUCUAUUAUUCUACUGGAGAAGUGGGUCUGCUUUAUGUUUUCCAACUGAUCUAUAAAGUGUCUAUUCCUGCUUAGUGGGUAUGGUUAAAGUGUUUUAACUCAAAAAAGCCAAGACAUAAAAUAACUGGCUGCUAGGUCCUUGCAUAUAGUAACAAUUGCUAGAUGCCUAAAAGAAUUAAAAGGUCUGCCAUGGCCUCCCUCUAUCAGCUGCUUCUUUAGUACUUUAAAUACCCUUUAGUCUGCACUCUCAGAUGACAUGUUUCGUGUAGAACACCUUUUUCUUCAAGACUCUUUAGGCCCACACAAAGUAACUGGUAUGUCACUGAGUAAUUUGACUCCUAGAGCAUUUUAACUAGCCAAUCAGAUGAUAACUUAUGUUAAACUUUUCUCUCUUUGCUCAUUAGCUGCAAGCAAAAUCUUGUAGGUUUUAAUCUUACUUAAAUACUGAAUAAAAAAUUUUUCCAAAAAUCAAAAUGAUCUUAUUUUUGCUUUAAGCAUCUUUUUAUUAUACAGGGCUCUGUUGAGGUCAUGCUUCUUUGAACCCCUGUAUUCCUAAACUAUCUUAGUAAAAUAGCUGACUACUUUAUCUUAAAUAUCACUGAAGGAAAGAUAUUUUCUGGCACUCAUUGAUGGCAUUUACUGUUUUUUCUAGGUCAGUGAGGCAUUACUUUGAAUAACUUCAUGGUCUUUGUUCUCAUCUGAUACAAAACAGAUUAAGAACACCUAGUCUAUAACCUGGUGUUCUGUCUCACCUUUAUUCUGAUGUUUUAUACUUAAGUAACCACACUUCUGGGACCUAAAGUACCUGGUGGUGUAGGACAAGAAGUAUGAUAAUACCUUUACUGAUCUGAUUAUUAAGAGAUUCUUAGAAUUAACAUACCAAGUCACAUAAUUUUGGUAGUGGAGACCACUAAACUAUUGAUGUUUGAAAAAGGGUUUGUGGUAUUUGCUUUGUUUUUAGAUUGAACAAUACUGCUUUUGAGUCAAUAUAUGUGACGGUUUUGACUUUAUUUCGUAAUGGGAGGAAGAAAGUCAGCAAGCUUUAUGUUUUCACUAGUGAUAAAACGGUGAGUUUUAAAAAUGGUAAUAGUGUUGGCAAGGAUACAGUGAAAAGAGGCCAUGCUGUUGGUAGGAGUGAAAACCAGUAGAUCUUUGAAUAUUUUGUACACUGUGCUCUGAUAAUUUUUCCUAAAGAAUGAUGAUACAGAUAAAGAUUAGUUGAAACAUCGUAAAGUGUAUUUAUUUUACUCACAAGUUGGAAAACUAAUGCUUUCUGUAGAAGCAAUUUUUGUUGAGAAAUGGUACAGUACUAAUUCAGUAACUCAGUUUAACAUAUGGUUUAUUGGGCAUCUAUUAUGUGUUGGGGAAAAGAAGCAGGCCACAGAGCUGUAGGUACACUAUGAUACCAGCUUUGUAAAUACAUUUUAUAUAUAGAUAGAACUACAUAUUAAUAUAUGCGUAAAGAAAGAAAACAGCAAAACAGUAAUAGUGGUAAGAGUGGUUAUAUGUGAUUCUAGUUUGCCUAUUUGCACCCUUAUAUUUUCCCAGUCUGACAGUGAUCCUAUUAUUUACAUAAUUCAAAAAGUGGAUUUGAAAAACUUCCAAUAAGAAUCCUAUUUAAAGUUUUAUCAUCUUUUAAAACUGCAGCAGUGUGUAAUUUUUUAAGUAAACCUGCCAAAUGAAUGUGAUCUUGUUACACAUUUAUAAAAACAUUGAGUACCUCAAAUCAGUUUGUUUAAAAGAAAAUCAAAUAUAAAUCUUAGAGAAAUGUGCAUAAAAUAUAUUAUCUUUAAUAGGAGAAUUCCUCCAUUUUAUCUCUUUAAAAAUAUGGUAAGAUAUCCAAAACAGUAUAUAAGAAUAUAAUAUGAAGUCUCCCUCUGGCAUUUGCCUCCCAUACUACUAUUCCCCAGAUGUAAACUCCAUUAACAGUUUCUUAUGUGAUUUUUCAGAAAAUUUUUAUGCAUAUAUAAACAAAUAUGUAAUCUUUAUUUUUAAAUAAAUGGGAUCAUAUUAUAUAUACUA